AUGUCUCAGAAACACCUUCUUGUACUACCAACAAUACUUGGUCAGUGCAAUUACCUAAGGGAGUACAGUGUGGAUGAUGCAAUUAUAGUCUAUUUGGAUGAUUUAAUCUACAAGGAUGGCCUCUUAAAUGACAUAAAAUUCAACAUUAAGGAAUACAUCAGGACAAAGAACAAAACAGUUAUCUUGGCAUUGAAAAAGAUUCAGAAUGGAAACAAGACAGUUCUAAUAAGCAAAGGUGGUCAUUAUACAAUAAGCAAGGCUGAUUUGGAGCAACACCUGAAGAAUAUCUCGGGAAUUGAUUCCAUGGAUUUAGCAUUAGAAAACGUUGAACGAAUCAAUUCUGUAGAAGAAAUGAACAAUCUAAAGACAUGUAGCACGAUUAUGUGCACGUUUCUAGAAGAAUUGAUUGAGAAAAGAAUACUCCUUAGAAUUAAGGAUGGUGCUCUUGUAAAGGAGAACGUUGAUCCCACUUCAUAUAUUCAAUAUCUGUAUGAGAUUAAUGAGAUGAAUGGUAGAAUACAUGUAGCAGAACAUAAUUAUACAACAAUAAGAAAAUUUCUGGAAAUGUGA